AUGGAAGUAGAAAUAAUCUCUAGAGAAACCAUCAAACCUUGGUCUUCAACCCCAUACCACCUAAGAACCCAUAAACUUUCUCUUUUAGAUCAGUUCCAUUUACACCAUCGUAUGUACAUCCCCAUAAUUCUCUUCUAUUCGUCAACCAGUAGUGAAAGCCCCAGAAAAAGUUCUUUUCAGCUUAAAGAGUCUCUCUCGAAGACAUUAACCCAUUUCUAUCCAUUUGCGGGACGAGUCAGGGAUAGCUUCACUAUUGAAUGUAAUGACGAAGGAGUCAUCUAUAUUGAAGCUCAGGUAGCCUCUGACAUGUCCAUUGUUCUUAAAGAACCAGGGAUGGAUCUGCUGCUGCAACUACUGCCCUGUGAUUUAGGUGAAACGUUACCUGAAUCUAGUGCUCGUGAUCAGGUAAUGCUAGCGAUUCAGGUGAAUUUCUUUGCUUGUGGUGGAAUGGCAAUUUGUGCUUCUGUUAGUCAUGUGGUAGCCGAUGCAUCAGCAGCAGCUAGCUUUGUUAAAAGCUGGGCUGCGAUUGCUUGUGGUGCCGAUCGAAUUGAUGGAGUGAUCUAUGAUUGCGCCUCUCUCUUCCCUCCACAAGAUUUAUCAGACUAUUGGAAGGAUGUUAGCAAAAAUCUAAAUAUGCUAACACCCGAAGGCAACCUUGUAACGAAGAGGUUCUUGUUCGAUGGCGCUAACAUAGCUGCUCUAAGAAAAAAAAUAGGCAACGGCCAAUGCUUUUAUCACCCAUCACGAUUUGAGGCUGUGUCUGCGCUCAUUUGGUCCGCUAUGAUAGCUACAGCUACGAAAAAUAAUGAUCAAACUUUCGCCAGGGCCUCAGUUACUGUGAAUCUGCGAAGGCGAAUGAAUCCACCAUUGCCACAACAAUGCAUCGGAAAUAUCGUACACAUGACAACGUCGGAACAGCUGACGGUGAACAAGUUGAACCUUAACAGUCUAGCUGGAAAAAUUCAUGAGUGCAUAAGGAAGGUAGAUGAUGACUAUGUGAGGGAGCUUCAUGCAGAUAAUGCAUACAUCAAUAUAGUGAGAAGUGCUGUUGAAGGAUUCAACAAGGAUCUGAUGUUUGGUUUUACUAGUUGGUGUCGAUUCCCGUUUUAUGAAACCGAUUUUGGAUGGGGAAAACCCAUCUGGUUAGGAACUGCUUUGAGAUUUAACAGGGCUGCCUUUUUCCUGGAUACCAGGGAUGGUGAGGGAAUAGAAGCAUGGAUAACACUUACCCAGGAGGAGAUGGCCAAACUUGAGCAGGACCCUGACAUCCUUGCACAUGCCUCUUUCAAGCCAAGCUGUUGA